AUGGCUUCAUGGUUCGAUGAUACUUCGUCUUCGUCUGAGGGGAAGACGCAAGAAAUCAUAGGGUUCGUUUAUCGUGAUCGUGAGGUUGCCCAUCAACGACUUCUUCGAGAUUACUUCAACAACAAUCAGACGUACGGCCCAACAUUUUUUCGACGUCGUUUUUGGAUGCAGAAGGAGCUAUUCUUACGCAUCAUCGAUGGUGUGCAAGGUUUUGAUAGUUACUUCCAGAUAGGGGUGGAUGCUAUGGGCCAAGACUCUCUCAUGCCGUUGCAGAAAUGCACGGUGGCUAUCCGACAAGUAGCCAUCGGUAUUUUUACGGAUACUUUUGACGAGUAUCUGAAAAUUGCUGACACGACUAGACGGUCAUGCCUGAAGAAGUUUUGCAAAGCUGUCAUCCGGGCAUACGGUGCCGAGUAUCUUCGGCGUCCUACACUGGCCGUUGCAUCCCACGAUUUGUGGAGUUGGCAUGCUUUUUUUGGUAUCGCCGGCUCAAAUAAUGAAAUCAACAUUCUGAACCAGUCGCCUCUGUUCGCCGACGUCUUGGGAGGAACGUCUUCGCCGGUGAUCUUUGAGGUCAACCAGCACUACUACCAGAUGGGCUACUACUUGUGCGAUGACAUCUAUCCUGAGUGGCCAAAGUUCGUUAAGAGCCCACCGUUGGCGACCAAUCCGAAAGAGGCGAGGUUUAAGAAGAUGCAAGAACUGGCACGAAAAGAUGUCGAACGUGCCUUUCGAGUGCUUGAAGCUAGAUGGGAAAUCAUUAGAAAUAUGGUCCGAAAUUGGGCGUCUGGUAGUGACUCGUCGGAGAUGGCUCGAUCGACCCCGUCUAACUUCGAGGAAUACGUGCAUAGAGAUGCAAUUCUCAUAGAUAGGCAGAUGCAUGCCAAGCUCCAAGCGGAUUUUAUCGAGCACAUUUGGGCACGUUUCGGACCUCUAGGGCCGAAAUAG